GAUGACGUCAUUAAAUUCCCACAAUUCACAGGGAGCAAUGGCUGCCUUGUCCGAUCAAUAGUGUAGUCUGCUUGCUCUUGAAUGGAUCUUUGUCGACAAAGUCCGUGAUAUACUCCAUUUGAACUAAGUAUAGUGAUAAAGGGUGCACAUUUGAAAGCUUAUAGUUCUUUGCUGUUGUUUUAAGGGAGUAUUCGGAACAAUACGGCUGAAGUUAUUGCGUUCCAGAUCAAACCUCUAUGUCGGCGCAGCGCUUCCUGUUUUUCUGAGCAGUUGGAGCUCUGCCUGUGUUUAGCAAGCUCGCAGUGACAUCAUCUAUUAAUGCCACUGUAGGGCUGUUUGUAUUUCAGACACCAAUAUCUUCCUUGGAUUUGGUGAAAAGACAAUAAACAACCAUGGCGGGGGAAAACGAAUGCAACAUCAAAGUCAUAUGCCGUGUUCGGCCUCUGAAUCAGUCAGAGGAGAGGACUGGCAGCAAGUUUGUUCUCAAAUUUCCCUCAGAGGAGUCCAUUGGUAUCGGGGGUAAAAUUUUUAUGUAUGACAAAGUGCUAAAACCAACUGUCACUCAGGAGUAUGUGUACAAUGUAACAGCAAAGCCCAUCGUAGCUGAUGUCCUUGGUGGCUACAAUGGCACCAUUUUUGCAUAUGGUCAGACAUCCAGUGGUAAAACCCAUACCAUGGAGGGUGUCAUGGGAAAUGACCAUUUACAAGGAAUCAUCCCCAGAAUUGUACAGGACAUAUUUAACUAUAUCUAUGGCAUGGAUGAGAACUUGGAAUUCCAUAUCAAGGUGUCUUACUUUGAGAUCUACAUGGACAAAAUCAGAGAUUUACUUGACGUGACCAAGACCAAUUUAUCGGUGCAUGAAGACAAAAAUAGGGUCCCAUAUGUGAAGGGUUGCACAGAGAGGUUUGUGUCUAGUCCUGAAGAAGUGAUGGAAGUGAUCGAUGAAGGAAAAGCUAACAGACACGUGGCAGUGACAAACAUGAACGAGCACAGCUCAAGAAGUCACAGUGUGUUUCUCAUCCAUGUAAAGCAGGAAAAUGUAGAAAAUGAGAAGAAAUUGCAUGGAAAAUUGUAUCUAGUCGAUUUGGCAGGUAGUGAAAAGGUUAGUAAAACUGGAGCAGAAGGAUCUGUGUUGGAUGAGGCCAAGAACAUCAACAAGUCUCUUUCAGCUCUUGGCAAUGUCAUUUCAGCCCUGGCAGAUGGAAAUAAAUCCCACGUCCCCUACAGAGACAGUAAACUGACCAGAAUAUUGCAGGAGAGUUUAGGAGGUAACGCAAGAACCACCAUGGUCAUCUGCUGCUCCCCUGCCUCGUACAAUGACACCGAGACCAAGUCAACACUGAUGUUUGGUCAAAGAGCCAAGACGAUCAAGAAUGUUGUGACUGUGAAUGAAGAGCUGACAGCAGAGGAAUGGAAGAGACGCUAUGAGAGGGAAAAGGAAAAGAACAACAAGAUGAAACUCAUCAUCCUCAAGCUGGAGGCUGAGCUGCAAUCAUGGAGAAAUGGUAAAGCUGUGCCCGUGGAGGAGCAGGUUGAUGUGAAAACUGCAGCUAUGGAGUCAGAGCCUCCAAGUCAGGGUCAGACAGGCCAGGUGGCCAACCAGACUGCCAUGCAGUCCAGUUUCAUUGGCAUGGUCAGUGGUGGGGUCAGUGCCAUCCCUGAGGCUGAAAAGGCUCAGAUGGAGGAGGAGAAGAUGAAACUGUACCAGCAGCUGGAUGAUAAGGAUGAUGAAAUCAACAACCAAGGUCAGUUGAUUGAGAAGCUGAAGGAACAGAUGCUGGAGCAAGAGGAUCUGAUCACCAACUCUCGCCGUGACUACGAGAACUCCCAGGCCGAGAUGGGUCGCAUCCAGGCAGACAACGAAUCUGCCAAGGAGGAGGUGAAGGAAGUGCUCCAGGCCCUGGAGGAGCUGGCCAUGAACUAUGACCAGAAAUCCCAGGAGGUGGACAACAAGAACAGGGACAUCGAGGCUCUCAACGAAGAGAUCAGCCAGAAGACUGUCAAGAUCAACACCAUUCAGACAGAGCUGGACUCACUGCGGGAUACAUCCACGCACCAGAAGAAGAGAGUUGUGGAAAUGAUGUCAAGUUUACUCAAAGACCUCGGUGACAUUGGAAGUGUCAUUGGAGGCAAUGCUGCUGAAAAUAAGCCAAACAGUGGUGCUAGUGAGAAGCUUGAGGAGGAGUUCACUGUGGCUCGCCUCUACAUCAGCAAGAUGAAAUCUGAGGUGAAAACACUGGCCACCCGCGCUGCCAACCUGGAGACUAACCAGUCUGAAAACAACAAGAAGCUGGAAGAUGCUAAUACUGAGCUGUCUGAUUGCCAGCUCAAGAUCCAACAGUAUGAAGCAAAGAUGGCUACUCUGAGUGAAACCAUCAAGGAUGUGGAAAGCAAACGGCGCAAGUUGGAGGAAAAUGUUGAUUCUCUCACUGAGGAGGUGGCUAGGUUCAAGGCUAAUGAAACUAUGCAUGCUACAGUGACACAGAAAGCCCAGGAGACCUCUGAUAAGCUCCAGUCUGAGAUCCAGAUGAAGGAAGCUCUGGAGAAACAGAUGCAGAGCCACAGAGACCAACACCAGAAACAGCUGUCGAACCUGAGGGAAGAAAUCUCAGAUAAACAGACUCUCAUUGAUGAACUGAAAGAAACCAACCAGAAGCUGACACUUGCUCUGGACAAGAUGCAGACAGACUAUGAGAAGCUCAAGUCUGAGGAGGCGGAGAAGGCCAACAAGCUGUCUGAGCUGACCCUGCAGAUGGACAAGCGUGAGCAGGCCAAGGAGGACCUGAAGGGCCUGGAGGAGACGGUGGCCAAGGAGCUGCAGACUCUGCACAACCUCAGGAAACUUUUUGUACAGGACCUGCAGAACAGGGUCAAAAAGGCUGCUAACAAGAAAGAGGAGGAGGAAGAUGAAGAAGCUGGGGGUAAUGUGGCCCAGAAGCAGAAGAUCUCCUUCUUGGAAAAUAACCUUGAGCAGCUGACUAAAGUACAUAAGCAGCUUGUACGCGACAAUGCUGAUCUCCGUUGUGAGCUUCCAAAAUUGGAGAAGAGACUGAGAGCCACCAUGGACCGUGUGAAGUCUCUAGAGACUGCACUGAAAGAAGCAAAGGAAGGAGCCAUGAGGGAUAGAAAGAGGUACCAGAUGGAGGUUGACAGAAUCAAGGAAGCUGUCAGGCAGAGAAAUCUGGCUCGUAGAGGACACGCCCCCCAGAUUGCCAAACCCAUCCGGCCCGGCCAGCACCCAGGUGGCCCUCCUGCCCAAAGCACAGGCAUCCGAGGAGGUGGUACAGCCAUCCCAGCCAACGGACCAGCAGCUGUCAAAGAUUUUGCAUAAAAGACACAAGUGGAGGAGCGUCUUCUUCAUGGUUCUACACAAGACUACAGUAACCAUCCAUCAGCGGUCAUCUACUCUAGGCCGGUUUCCUCACCUAGCAUUCCGCUUAUGGCUAGUGUCUCCAUUCUACAUUUCAUGAUAUCACUUGCUCAUAAUACCAGCGUCCAAUGUUUUUCAUAGACUUUCCUGAGCAUGCUUGAAGCUAAUAUUUUGUUAAUGAGUGGAUACAUUGUUUUACUUUUUUCUUUAUUAAAAAGAAACAACCCUCCUGUGUAUCUGCAUUCCCAGGGAUUUUUUUUUUUCUCUUUUAAGUUAGAAUGGUACACUGGAAUUUUACAGCCACAACUUUGCUUCUAUGUGAUUUUUUUUUCUUUCUAGUAGCAGUUUUACAGCUGGGAGCAUCAUGCAAAUCUACACAUUCCUGUGUACCUGUCUGAUUUUGUCGUUCAUAAUGUUGUGAUAUUUAAUCUUUCUGACAGUUUCCAAAACACUAGAGUCUAGACAAUUAUUUCUGGAAACAGAACAAAAAUCGCAAAAUGUGAUUUUGUUUUUUGAAUGUUCUCAGUUGUUGUUGUGAAGAUCAUAAGAAGAACUGUGGUUUCCUGUUUGUGUUGGGGACUUUGGGGGCUGAUCAGUGCCAGUAUGAAGGUUUACAGAUCAGUGCAAAUUUGGAGGAUUAGGUUAACACAUUCAUGUGUGUGUCAGUUUGCAUGAUGUUCACAUUUUGUAGCUAUUUGUUUUUCUCUUGGAUAGCAAAGGGGAAUGUAAUGGUGUACUUUUGUAUGCUGUGAAGUGUGGCAGGUGUUAUGGUUUUUUUUUUACAAACACAAUAUGCCACAAUUCGUUUGUGAUCUUUAAAGAGCUUUUUUGUUCUGUGAGCUUUAUUUCAAAGGAGAUUCUGUCCAUGCCUGGUGAACAGCAACUGUUACUUUAGCAAGAAUAUGGAGAGAAACCGUACCAGGACUGACUUGUGCCUCUUUGCCUCCCUGUCUGUUCUCUCAUCACUUUUACUGUAUCCUCUUGUGGGAAACUUCUGGUACAGUGCCAUUGAUGGACAUUCCAUUUUAGUUAUGUUUGUUGCAGGUAGAUUUUAAAAAGUUAUCCUUUUAAUAAAGAGGCAAAAGGAAUGUGCUUGAUGCUUCCUCUUUUGCUGAUCAGAAAUCCUAAUGUUUACAUGUGAUAAAAAAUGAGCAUCAUGUAUGUGUUUGCAUAUUCCUAUUUCCUAGUUCUUGUCAUGGGUUGUCCCCUUCCUUCCCUUCUCUUUUUCUCCUCAUCCUCCGUAUACCCCGCCUCUUCCCAUUCCACUUCCUUCCCUAAAAAGAUAAUCUUUUGUGGUAGUUCUCAUGUUGCUUUUCACCAGACAUUGGCAGGUCCUGCCUUGAACUUAGAAAUGCACGGAGCAGUUGCUUGCCAUGGAUUUCAGAGAUUAUUAGUGAUAUUCUUUUGUUUCAGAGUUGCCCUUGUUGGGGUCGUUGUAAAUUUCAUUCUAGGUUAUCUCUGAUGGUUUUUGUAUUUCCUGUGGCUUUGAAGUGCAAUAUGUCAUUAUGACAGACUAGCAACUCUGGGGUUUUAUUUUGUUUUUUCCAUAGACAUAUCAGCCUUUGUUUUCCCCCUUUUUUUUACUUUUAGAUUAGACGUUCAUGACCUAGACUACUCAUUGAAUCUUGUCUAACAUUCUUUUGCUGACAAACAAAUCUAUAGCAAUACUGUAUGAUGUAGUGUCUUCUAAUAACAGUGUUCAUAGAUUAUUGUUUUCUGUCUCAUUCGUCAUGUAUUCCAAAUUUUUCAGCUGUUCUCAUUGUACUUUUAUUGUAGUCUUUGAAAGUUGGCAGAGGCUUCAUGUGUGGGUUAGUCAUCGCCUCUUGUGAAUUAUUAUGCGAGUUUGUUGGUCUUCCCUCUUGCUUUUUCUUUCACAAAACUUGGUGCUGAUAUGUGUCAUGUCAAAGACUGGAGCAAAUUUCUCAAAUAAAAUAAGGACAUUGUUUCGAUCAUUUCGCUCAGCCCAAGUAAAGGGAAGCUUUUAUAGGGGAAGCAGACAAUAUUGCUCUUGUGUAUAUGGAAAGCAUUUCUAUGUGACCUAUCUGCAGUUGUAGCAGACAUUGACAAUUUUAUAUUUUGUAUGUCGUCAUUUCCCCCCAGAGUUUUUGGUUUCAUAAAGGAUGUUGCAUAGGAUAUAUUUAAACAUUCUCAGUUCAGUUGAGAAGGAUUUUUUGGUCUGUCAUUACUCGCUGUUUCCUGUAUUCUUUUGUGAUGACUCCUUGUGUGAUAGAUUUGAGUAUAGUAAAUGCCAGGUGCUUUUGUGUCCUUACUGGUGAGGAUUUUAUUGUAAAGAAAAUAAUACUGAACAAUUCUACAGCUAGCUUACUAGCUCUGCCUUUGUAUGCAAGUCAGUCACUACAAUGUUCACCUAAUUUACCCAUGUAAAGUCAAAUUUGUUUGUCACAAAAAUGUUAUCUGUGCGCAGAUUCCAAAAUGAGUCGAUGUUAUUCAGAGUACUGCUUUUACUGUGUGCUUGGAAAUUUGUUCUGACAUGCAAUUAAUGUUGGUUAAGUGGUUGUAUUACCGGUUAAAAACUUUUGUUUUUAAAUUCAGAAACUUACAUGUCAAGAUGAAAGUAUGUGUAACUAUAACUUUUUAGGACUGACACUCUCAAGCUUUUACUGACUUGUAAUUAUCGUAUGGAUAGAGGAUGUAUAAACUGUUACCUUGUAUGAUAAUUUAUUUUCCUUGUAAAUUUCGUAGUGUUUUUUUUUUCUCUCUCCUCUUGUGACACCUUUCAACAAUUUGUCAUUUUGUUUUCUUCUUACGUAAAAGACGAUACUAUAUUUGUAUUUUUAUUGCUUUACUAUUCCCCAGCCGUAUUUAAUGGAUUAUGUAUGAUGCCAUUAACGUCUUUCCUCACAGCGAUAUUCAUUUAUUGCUUUGACCCACUGGAUUAUAUUUGUGCAAUUUUAUUUCUUUCUGAACCAAUAUAUCCUUAUAAAACAGUAAAUUAGGUUACUCAUAUAAAGAUUGAUAGACUUCUGCAUGCUUGAAAGGCUGUUUACAUGUGGAUUUUUCAGUCCUGCUUUGUCCACCUGUUUUCUGUGAGAGAUUACACACAAUUCAUAUUGCACUAUUACUAUUUUUUAGUCUUGUUGUACAGAAUAACACAUGGAUAUGGGACCAGCUCUUUCUUUCCUAUGAUUGAUUGGGCUGCAAAACUUAUUAUUAGGGGUUCCAAACAUCUCAGCCUACUUUAACUAAUGAAUUUGACAGGUUGUGGAGAACUACUCCAUGCUUCUCUUUCUCUGCCUUUUCUAUCUUGUGUGCUUUGCUAGGAAUACUUGAUCUAAUGUUCUUGAUGUACAUUGUCUUCAAGCUUUGUCAUAAGAAGUGUACUGCUCAUAGGUUUAUGUGAUUGGCAGUUUUGUUAUUUUAAUUGCCUUUUUUUUUUUUGUGUGUGGUAGUUAUUAAGGCAUUUGUGUUUCAAACGCUUGUUUUGUGGCACAAUAAAAUGGACACAAUGAUUUAAAAAACCCUGAAA